CGGGACCGGCUUCAAAAUGGAGCUGGGGGGUGAUUACUGGAAAUGCUGACAGGGCACUGAAAGGAAAGAAAGAGCAGGUGGGAGCAGGUUUUGCUCUGAGCACGAAAGAGGAAGAGUGGUGGCGGGCAGCGGACAGCCUGCGGGGAGCAGCAGAUUGUACCCAUGGAGGCUGGGGGCACAGGGGUCUGCAUCUGCUGGCUCUGCUGCCCACGUCCCUUCAGUGGCAGGGGUGACACGAGAUGUGGCUGGCCCAGUGGAUGUUCCUGUCCUGGUAUCCCUCCAGCCAGAGGUGGCAUGGGGAUGCGGGGGGCCUCCUGGAGCACCCCAUCCCCACAGGGCAGGAGCCAGGACACGGGUGCUCACAGACAGAGCAGGGGGCAGGGGGCUGCAGGGGUGCCCGCCUGGCUGGGGCUUGUACAUCCCACGUGUGAGCAACCAGAAAGCUCUGACCAAGCCCAUCCCUCUGUCAAACUGCUGUGGUCCUCAGUGUUUGGGGGCUGGCAGGGUAUAUGGAUCCCCACCUGAGCUCAGCUAGCACACCAGAUGGGGCAGACAUCACCCCAUCACCCUCCCAUGACAGCAGCAUCGCUUUCUCCAAGGGGUCCAUUCCCUGGUGUAAAACAAAAAAGGUCUCGGGUGGCAUGGGAAGGCAGCGCUGUAGGAAAUUGUGAAGCCUUUUCCCCUGCCCCUGCCCAUGCCAGCGACAGGGAGCUACUGGGCUGUGACCUAAAAUACUGGGAAACGACCAUCAGUGGUGCUCGGCUGCGUUAUUUGGGUCCAUCUCGGGGCCGAGGGCACGUGGCCAGGAUGAAACUGCAGGAGGAAUCAAACAGCGAAGAGAGGAGAUAAAUAUCAGGCUGAAGCAAGAGAAGGGGAAGAGAGGGGAAGCCUGUGAGUGCAGAGGGAACUGUCUGGGUGAGCAGCAAGGAGGUGAGCUCCUGGCAGGGCUGCAGCUUGCUCUGGCUGAGCAGUGACUCUCACGCUGCAGGGAGAGACGGGAACUUCACAGCUGAUCCCGCUGGGCGCCCAGCAUCAUUGCCGUGAGGCUGUUGGGAAGGCAGCAUGGAGGUCCGGCUGGCUGGUGGCUUUCUGCCCCUGCUGCUCCUCGCCUGGCUGCCUGCUGCAGAACUUGCUGACCUGUUUUCAGCCACGAUCGAUGUGUCGGUAGGGUUAGAUCUCGUCUUGCAGUGUCUCCUCCAGACAGGCUUGAGCAGCACUGCCGGGGAGGUGAAGUGGUUUAAUACCACCCAAAACGAGCAGAACAAAGGUGGUGUGGAGAUGAAGAACGGUUCUGCCCAGCUUGUCUUCACCAGUGUGAGCAAAGCACAUACAGGAACAUACGCAUGCAGGAUGGAGAACAUGAGGAACAUGUCCAGGAACAGAUGCUCCCAACAGAAAGAGUGUGGGAGCCAGCCAGGAAAGUCAGUCAUCACCAUGGAGUGCAUGUUCCAGAUUUUGUUAGAGAAUCACACAGUACAUGUGAAGUCGUGGUACAAAGAUGCAGGUCUGGAGGUGGGGAGUCAAACCAACACCACGGCUCUGAGAGAAAACUGUACCAAUCUGACCAGCACCGGCAUGCAUGCAGCCAACAUGAAAAUCUGUGGGUGUGCGGUGCUCAUCACAACAAUAAACUUGACAGGCACUGUAAACGGCACACAAGGGACAGUUCCCAGCUGUGGCCUUGGGACACCUCAGUCCAAUGUCACCGAGAAGGAGACCUGGACAGGACUCAGAUUCCUCCUGUGCAUCAUCUUUGGCUUAGCGGUCGGGACGCUUCUUUACAUGCCAAUAAUUGGCAUUCUGCUGUGGCAGUGCAGAAGGAACAGAGAAGGAAAGCUCACAAGCAAGCAAGUGGCGGAAGGGGAUCAGCUCAGCACGGCAGCCCCAGUGACAGGGACUGAGGACCUGACCUACGUCAACCUGAAGUUUGAAAAGAAGGGGACAAAACCCGCCGCCUCCGAUGUCGUUUACACCGAGAUCAAACCAUCACAACAAAAGCAGAGCGGCAGGGAUGCUGGUGCUGCCAACGAAGGAGUGGAUGUCUCCCCUGAGGGAGAAGGCAAAUGAGGGAGAAGGGAGGGACGAGCAGCUUGUAUGCCUGUCAGGGUCAUCAUCCCUGAAAACUAGGUGUUUGCUCAUACAGAAGGGCAAUCUUGGUGACCAAAGCCACCUAUUUACCCCCAAAUGGCUGCACCACUGUGCUUUAUGUUCCCCUGGAAGAAGCCAUCUCUCGCAGUGAGGACAGGGCUCUUCCAGCCAGUUUUCCCCUUGCCUUCCUGCAACCCCAAGCACUGCCAAGCCUCGGCAAGUCCUUUAAUGGUCUCUGGUUACCUCUAGCAACUUUCUCCAUGUUUCAGCAAUGUCAUUGUGCACUGAAUGGCCACCAUGGUCCAUGAAGCACUUGGUGUCCCCUUAGUGCUGGACAUGCUGGGUGGGGUGGCCACGAGAAGCUCCUCUCGGUGCUGGAAGAGUUCUGGAGCAAUUUUCUGGAUUUUCUGCGGAGCAGGCACCUGCUGUGAUGUGGGUUGACCUUGCUUUGGUUCACUUGCUCAAAACACAAAGAGCAAGGAUGGAAAAGCAUCGCUUUCUUCACAGAAGUGCAACGCGGGUGCUGCUGCACUGAUCUAUGUGGAUCUACUUUGUACCAGAAGCGGAUGGGUGUCUUCAUGCAUGUAGAGCUUUCCUGUAAUUUGGGGGGGGGGGGGGGGAACAAAAGAAA